UCCGCUACUCGUGCGCCGCGGCCUACUUCUCUCCGACGCCUUGCACUCGGGCCGCUUGCGCCUUCUCCGGGCUCAGGCCUUCACUGGCCUCAUCCACCGUCCGAACCUCUUCCUUCUCACAAGCGCCGGGCACGGCGCUUUUUCCUUCAUCCUACUCUUACCCCUAAGUGGUGACCAGCCCAGUGCAGCACCUGCUUUUGCCACGUGGGCGCAAUAUAACUUAAUCUUUCCUUCUGCGGCCGUUGCCCUACACAAGCACAAUAUUUAGCAUUAAUCAUUAUUAUCAUUAAAGUGCAGAGUGAACAGUAAAUAGCAAGACCUGCAUAGACUUAUAAUAAUUAUCAUUAAUCAUUAUUAUCAUUAAAGUGCAGGGUGAACAGUAAAUAGCAAGACCUGCAUAGGCUUAUAAUAAUUAUCAUUAAUCAUUAUUAUCAUUAAAGUGCAGGGUGAACAGUGAAUAGCAAGACCUGCACAGGCUUAUAUUUAAUAAGCAGGAUUGUUGGCCUGCCUUUACAAGGGCUUAGGGGCUUGAGUUGAGGGCUUGGGGGCGGACUCAUUCGGCGGGACGCUGCAUUCGUGCCUCGGAGGGACCCCCCAACGAUCUGGUGUAGUGGUGCCGCGGAGGCUGCGCUAGGUCCGUGUGUUCGGCGGGGCAGCCACCAAGCUAGCCCCACGGACUGCGUUAGCUUGCAGGCCACUGGCCUCGCGCCUAUUUUGCUUCCUCCGCGUGGCCCGUAUUGCUGUGAGGGAUCACCUUGGGUGCCUCCUCGCGGUGGACGUGGCCUGCCCUCGCUAAGGUCGUGUGGGUGGGGGCGCUGGUGUAAGUGGAGGCGCACGCUGGUUACUUGUUGGCCGCGUGCUCUCCCUGCCAGGGCAACACGUCCUCUCCUGGGGCUGCGGUGUGUGCGCCUCGCCGUGUGGGACCAUAUCCCCCGGGGUCCGCUCAAGGGGCCCCCUAGCCCUGUAUUAGGCAUAGAUAACUUCAGCUAUUUGGUGGUAUAGAAUUUAAACUCAACCACCUGGGCUGAGCCCUUGCUCCCAGUAGCACUCCCCUCGCUUCCCUUUGUGGAAACAAGUUUAUACUAGCUCCAUGCCUCCCAAAAAAGGCUUGGGUGGGGCCAAAGGAAAGGGAAAAGCCCCCCGUACACAGGUAAAACGGGUAAGGCACCGUGAUGAUUCCUCCGACGAGGAGUUGGAUCCCCAAGUGGCGGCCUUAAUUGCAAAAGUGCAAGCCCUAGAGAGAGGCAGGGGGGUGGCGGACUCCGCGCCAGCAGUUAACCCUCAAACAACGUGGGUUAGGCAGCACCAAACAAGGCGUCAAACACAGGCUGAUUUACUUCAAUCCCUCACUGCUAGGAUUGAAGCCAUCGAGCCACAGCAGCCACAACUCACGGAGCAGUCGCCGGUCCCUGACCAGGUGGGCACGUGCGGCAUCAAUGAGGACGUGCCUUCAGGCCCGCAAACGCAAAUGGCUUUGGACGGGAUACAGCAUGCAGCUCCCAUCCCAACUGCGCCAAAUGCAGAACACAGGAGGAGGUGUGUGCCUGUUCGCGUUGUCAUAUGCGGGCACAGCAUGGUCUUUUGGGCCGGCAGAAGGGCUGCGACCUCUUCAAUUGGAACCCAGCUGGGCUUCAGCCAAUUGGCCAGCAUCCAAUGGCUUGGAAGACGCGGGAUGCGGUGGGAACGGCUCCUUCCCACGUUGUUUCAAGCUACGGCCUCGCCACCACAGGUCCUCAUCAUUCAUCUUGGAGGAAAUGACCUGGGGUUACUUAAGGGCAAGGCCCUAAUAUUGCAAGCGAUUGCCGACUUCAAGGUUAUUCGGCAGCGUUGGCCUGGCGUAGUCAUAAUCUGGUCCUGCGUCCUGCCCAGGUUUGCGUGGCGAUCUGGUGAGAUCAAGCCAAUGGAGAGGGCGCGCCGCCGUGUCAAUGGCGAAAUCUUCCGCGAUCUGAUUAAACAUGGGGAUGUCAGCAUCAGGCACCCCUCGAUUAUACUGGCCCGGAGGGAGCUAUAUCGACAGGACGGCGUACACCUGUCUGACAUUGGUAACGAUUUAUUUCUGCAUGAUCUGCAAAGGGGACUUAAGGGCGUCCUAGGGCGAUGGGGGGGGAGCGACUAAGCAAGUGGCUUGCCGCCCCCUGUGGCAGGUAGAGAAGGCAUCCAGAGGGAAUAUAAUGGCGAGAUUCCAAGGCACUGUUUCAGUGAUUGGUGACUCCCGAGGGCUCCCGGUGUUGAGCCCUGUGGCCAGGCCGGGGGAUAAGGACCACCUUUGAGGCCGACCUCGCUCACCCCACCUUGAGCCCGUGGGGGCAGGGGUUGGGGGGUGACAAGGGAAGGUCUCCCUACCCCUGGUUGGGGAUGGACAGCAGGGUGGUGAAACCGAGCGCCACCUGCUGGACCAGGAAAGCUCGCCCGUUCACUUAGAAAGGCCUGCACGCAGGCCUGGCUGGAUGCCUGAGGAGAACCCCCUUUGCAGAUCUUGAAUAAAAGUGGCCCAGUUUAACUCCAGCACUUGUGUCGUCUCUUAUUUCUUGCGUCCGUCCCACAAGGCACAUUCUGCCAUGCCCGGCAAAGCCUGGGCAUGGGGAGGGUUUUGUGGGCGGGGCAAGCCUGAGACGUUGCCACCCUGCAUUGGCAGGGCCUCUGGGAACUGGGAGGGGUUGGGCACCUUUAUCAGGGGACGCCUGACCCCUCCAGGCCCUCUUGCCCUCGUGCUCCGCGGCUCCCUCCCUCCCUCCCUGUUGACAGUGUGUUCUUUGGGUCGCCUUUAGGGGGCCGAGUAGGAAUUUUUUGCUCCCGCCCUGAAUUGGACGUGAGUUGUUUCGCCUACUCCACACUGUGAGACAUCGGGGGAGUAUAACUAGGUCAAUUCGGCUGCUAGCGAUUUGGUCACCUAUUUCAAGGCAGGUAGAGAAGGCAUCCAGAGGGAAUAUAAUGGCGAGAUUCCAAGGCACUGUUUCAGUGAUUGGUGACUCCCGAGGGCUCCCGGUGUUGAGCCCUGUGGCCAGGCCGGGGGAUAAGGACCACCUUUGAGGCCGACCUCGCUCACCCCACCUUGAGCCCGUGGGGGCAGGGGUUGGGGGGUGACAAGGGAAGGUCUCCCUACCCCUGGUUGGGGAUGGACAGCAGGGUGGCGAAACCGAGCGCCACCUGCUGGACCA